AUGCUUCCAUCCAUCCAUCCAUCCAUCCAUCCAUCCAUCCAUCCAUCCUUCCAAACUUCCAUCCAUCCCACCAUCCUUCUAUCCAUCCAUCCAUCCAUCCAUCCAACCCUCCAUCUAUCAUUCCAUCCAUCCAUCCAUCCUUCCAAACUUCCAUCCAUCCCACCAUCCAUCUAUCCAUCCAUCCAACACUCCAUCUAUCAUUCCAUCCAUCCAUCCUUCCAAACUUCCAUCCAUCCCACCAUCCUUCUAUCCAUCCAUCCAACCCUCCAUCUAUCACUCCAUCCAUCCAUCCUUCCAAACUUCCAUCCAUUCUAUCAUCCUUCUAUCCAUCCAUCCAACCCUCCAUCUAUCAUUCCAUCCAUCCAUCCUUCCAAACUUCCAUCCAUCCCACCAUCCUUCUAUCCAUCCAUCCAACCCUCCAUCUAUCAUUCCAUCCAUCCAUCCUUCCAAACUUCCAUCCAUUCUAUCAUCCUUCUAUCCAUCCAUCCAACCCUCCAUCUAUCAUUCCAUCCAUCCAUCCUUCCAAACUUCCAUCCAUCCCACCAUCCAUCUAUCCAUCCAUCCAACCCUCCAUCUAUCAUUCCAUCCAUCCAUCCUUCCAAACUUCCAUCCAUCCCACCAUCCAUCUAUCCAUCCAUCCAACCCUCCAUCUAUCAUUCCAUCCAUCCAUCCAUCCUUCCAAACUUCCAUCCAUCCCACCAUCCUUCUAUCCAUCCAUCCAACCCUCCAUCUAUCAUUCCAUCCAUCCAUCCUUCCAAACUUCCAUCCAUCCCACUAUCCUUCUAUCCAUCCAUCCAACACUCCAUCUAUCAUUCCAUCCAUCCAUCCUUCCAAAUUUCCAUCCAUCCCACCAUCCUUCUAUCCAUCCAUCCAACCCUCCAUCUAUCAUUCCAUCCAUCCAUCCAUCCUUCCAAACUUCCAUCCAUCCCACCAUCCUUCUAUCCAUCCAUCCAACCCUCCAUCUAUCAUUCCAUCCAUCCAUCCUUCCAAACUUCCAUCCAUCCAUCCCACCAUCCAUCUAUCCAUCCAUCCAACCCUCCAUCUAUCAUUCCAUUAAUCCAUCCUUCCAAACUUCCAUCCAUCCCACUAUCCUUCUAUCCAUCCAUCCAACCCUCCAUCUAUCAUUCCAUCCAUCCAUCCUUCCAAACUUCCAUCCAUCCCACCAUCCAUCUAUCCAUCCAUCCAACCCUCCAUCUAUCAUUCCAUUCAUCCAUCCUUCCAAACUUCCAUCCAUCCCACCAUCCAUCUAUCCAUCCAUCCAACCCUCCAUCCAUCAUUCCAUACAUCCAUCCUUCCAACCUUCCAUCCAUCCCACCAUCCAUCUAUCCAUCCAUCCAACCCUCCAUCUAUCAUUCCAUUCAUCCAUCCUUCCAAACUUCCAUCCAUCCCACCAUCCUUCUAUCCAUCCAUCCAUCCAACCCUCCAUCUAUCAUUCCAUCCAUCCAUCCUUCCAACCAUCCAUCCCUACUUCCAUCCAUCCAUCCAUCCAUCCAUCCUUCCAAGCAUCAAACCAUCAUUCCUUCCAUCACUCCUUUCAUCCAUUCAUCCUUUCAACCUUCCAUCCAUCCAUACAUCCUUCCAUCCAUCUAUUCACACAUCCAUUCUUUCAUCUGUCGUUCAAUCUAUCCAUCUUUCUAA